AUGUUGGGAAAAGUAUUUAAAAUAAGAACGAAAAGAAGAUAUAAAAGUUGCAUGCUAAGAAUAAGGAGAAUUCAUAUAUUUGUAGACGAAAUUAAAACAUAUAGAUUAUCGAAAUUAUUCGCAACAUUUCCUCAAUAUCAUUCGGAUAAUUUAGCAACUAAAUUAAUAUUAUGGAGGGAAAGAGAAAGUUGUGGGACAAAAGGAAGUAGUUCACUGAUAAAACAUGAAAAUAGCAAAGGACAAAGUUUAGAAUGUGACGGAAGAUUAAACCAUAUGGCUUUCACAGUCAGAAUAACACUGAAGAUAGAUUAA